GGUUAUCAGGGCGCCUCCGAGCCUAAGGCCGCCUCUCAUGUAUCUUCCUGGAGAGAAGAUAUGAGAGAGAAAGGGAAACAUGUGUUGCUCACCUUGACUGUGGGAUUGGAGAGGAUACGCCGAAACAGCGAAAGAGAAAAAGGAAGAUGGAGGAAGGGGAGGGUGGGAGGUAAUAUAGCCCGGGGGAAGGGUGGAAGACGGAGGAAAUGUAUUAUGUACUCGAGGAAAAGAAAAAGAGGAUCGGAAAUCUGGGCUAUUGAAACGAGAUGUAGACGGGCGUUGGUGAAUUGUCUGUAUGCA